CCGUUCCUCGCAAAGAUGACGUCCCGCCUGCGCGGUCCUUCGGCGAUGAAGGACACGCCAAGGACUGCCUCGCUCGCCAAGGACCAUUUCCAUCAAAACGAACCGGAAGCGCACUUCGGCCGAUCGCACAAGAAUGACGGGCGCGGCAAUCGUUAUCACUUUGGCAUGUCGAAACAGCACGAUAGCAAGCCGGAGCGAAACGGACGCGAAGAGGUGGUAGACAGCAACGUCGACUUGUUGUACAAAAAGAGCAAGGAACACUUUGGAUCCUGGAGCAUCAAGGAUGACACGAGAAGAUCGAGGAGACAGGAUCUCGAGGAUACACAACUGACGAAUGGAAAGUUUCGAAGAGACAGUUCGGAACCCGUGAGUGCGAAAUUCUUGGAUAAAACUCAAGAUCGUUUGGAGUACCGGGACGAAGGGUAUGUAGGAUCCUUGCCAAGGGAGAAUCGACAGAGAGGCGAAUCCGAACGAGCGCUGAACGGCUCUCAUAGAUCGAGAAGGAAAGAAUACCGGGAGGAAAGUGUAGAGUCGAAGAAUCGAGAGAAGACGAGCAGGAUUAGCAGAAACAACGAUAGCAAUAAUGACACCACGCAGCCCGUCGACGAGAGGGAUAUCCUGCUUAAGGAGAUCGAGAGUUUAGCCACUGAUGGCAGCCAAUCGCCAGAUCGUAGGAUCCAGGCGAUGAUCGAGCGAUUGAAAUCGCGAGAGGAGAACAAAUUACGGUCCCGAAGAGAGCAGAGAUCCGAAGUAAGUCCUGACAAGGAAGCGUACGAUAGAGCCAAAAGCGGCAACAGGAAUGAUCUGCGAUCGCCGAUCAUCGAUCAUUCGCUCGAUAAUCGGUCCAACGAUCGAAAUAGGAAGCUGAAGGAUGAUCGCGAAGACGAACGCAGAUCGAGCGAGUAUAAGCUACACGGAAAGUCCGAUCGAGAGGAGGAUUCGGGCCGACGCGAUCGAUCGACUGAUCGAAGAUCGAAGAGCACCGAGGGGCAGAACGAAGAUCGCGAGCCUCGAGGAGACGACACUUUUCGAAAAAGAAGUGAUACUUAUAACACCGACAAAAAUUAUCGUAGGAAAUUGAAAGAAGACGAGGAGGCCCGAUCGAGAGACAGUUCGAAGAGGAGGAGUUACACUUACGAGGGUUCGCCGGAGGAUUUUGAUGUAAGAAUACAGAAAUACGAUCGAGCUCUCCUUGAGCCAAGAAGGGACCUGGACAGAAGUUCCCCCAGACGAAAUUCGCCCAGGGAAUCGCAUCUAAUUAGGAAGGAAUCUUUAAAAGAAUUCGAUCGGGAACCGGUAGUUAAGAAGAAUUCUUUUAAAACGGAAUCCAGGAGGGCGAUCAGCAAGGAAUGCGGCGAGUCUAGCUUAAUUAGAAAGACAUCGUUCAAGGAUCAGGAUAACGAUAUAUACAAGAAUCAUGUUUCGCAUAAUCAACAUGACACUUCUGUCAGAUAUUUCGGCAAGGAUCAAGAAGAUUUAUCUCACAAAAAUUCCUUUAAGGACAAAAAUAUGGAUACAAGUAAGAAAGAUAUCUACAAAGUACAGGAGCUUGACAAGACUUUUUUAAAAAAUCAGCACGAUAAUACAGAGAGAAAAAUCUCUCCCAAAGAACACAUAAGCGGUGUCAGUAGGAUUAUCCUGAGGAACUUUGACGAUGACUCGAACAGGAACAACUCGUUUAAAAAUACAAGCGAGGAUUCUGAGAGGAAAAACGUAUAUAAGGAAAAGAGCGUCGAGUUUGGCAAGAUUUCUUAUAAAGAUCGAGAAUGCGAGAAUGACUCAGAGAGGAAGAAACACAGUUUCAAGGAUGACGCUGGGAAACUUGAGCAAGCAUCUUAUCACGGUUACGAGAAUAAUAUCGAUAGGAAAACCGCAAAUGAUCGUUAUAUCGAGUUCGGCAAGGUAUCCUUCCAAACGCAAGACGAUAAGUUACGCGCUUCGAAUUCUUGUUCUAAGGACGAAGAUAAUGAAGCGGUCGUUCGAACGAAUUCCUUCAAGGAACGCGACGCUUCCUCGAAGAGACGCGCGUCCUUAAAAAAUAAAAGUCGCGAGGCGCUCGAGAGAAAAUCGGACAGAUAUUCGAAACCGUUGACACCGGCAAAAAAGGACGAUCCGGAGGAAGGCAAGGAAUUAAAACAUUUUUCUCCCAAAUCCUGGCACGAGAGCAACCGGAUGUUUUCCGCCAGAUAUCUACGAAAUCACAGUAAGCUACGGAGCACCCCAGAAGGACGGCUCGACGCCGACAUCUCGCCCGAGCGAGGAUUUUCGAAUUUGCAGAAUAUGAGGGCCAACGCGAUCGAGGCAUCCGUAAACGAUCCCGAGGAGGAUUGUCUCGAGAUUCGCGACAAAAUCGAUUCGGGCGACGACGGAUCCCAUCAAGUUUCCUCGUCUCGCGACCGUAAUGGCACCACGAUUAUCAGGAUCCGAUCGUCGGAGGAUCCUGGCGAGGCAGUGGAAAGGGUUCGCCGUCGGCGUCGUCCCGUCCAGGAGGUAUGCGUGGCGAGACGUAGAAGAUACGAUGACGAGGACAGCGACGAGGACGAAGAGGAGGAGAAUCGUUGGCGAAGGAGCCGAAGGGACGGCGGAAUCUUACCGGGGAGAGAUGACGGCGACGCUAGCAGCACAACACCCUCGAGAACGAUCUGGAAUUAUCGUGAAGGGGGCGUUCUCAUCACAGAUGUAGAAGAAGGCCAGCCUUGUUUACAAUGCGGAGAAAUAUGUCCCGGAUUUUCACCACACAUUUGGAGAAAGAACUGCACCAGCUGUAAGUGUCCGCGAGAAACCCACGAUGUUUGUCACGAAGAGUGGGUGUCUGUUAGGUCACGUUUGGGACUUAAAGGCGACGAGUCGAGCGGACCCAUUGGUGUGGAUCCUAGAGAAAGAGGUCUCGCUUGGGCGCCCCCCGGACUUCCAUCGCAUAAAAUAGAGGAAUAUUUUUCGAUGCUACCAGAAAUUGCUAUACCGAGACUCGGCACGCCUGGCGAGCGACAUAGAGAUCGUCAAUUGGCGAUCCAAUUGCCUAAACAAGAUCUAGCAAGGGCCUACUGUCGACACUUGGAUCCCAAACAUGCCAGCAGCGCCGACGAUUUUAUGGCUGCCAGAAACGAGAUCGCCCUGGACAUCGGUAGCGUGCAGGAAGUUUUCGAAAGAGAUCUCGAGUGCGGUGUGUGCGGAUUGCCUCUGAAGUAUGGAAGUCUCGCUGUGUCAGCCAGCAAACUGGGUCUCCUUUAUCAUCCGGCCUGUUUCAGCUGCGCGGAUUGCAAAGAGCUUCUGGUCGAUCUUGCUUAUUGCGUGCACGAUGACACGCUUUUCUGCGAGAGGCAUUAUGCGGAACAGCUUAAACCGAGAUGUGCUGCAUGCGAUGAGUUGAUUUUCAGUGGCGAAUACACAAAGGCGAUGAACAAGGACUGGCAUAGCGGUCAUUUCUGUUGCUGGCAGUGCGACGAAUCCCUAACAGGACAGCGUUACGUUCUCAGAGACGAGCAUCCUUACUGCAUUAAGUGUUACGAGAGCGUAUUCGCCAAUGGCUGCGAGGAAUGCAGCAAAAUCAUCGGCAUUGACUCCAAGGAUCUGUCGUAUAAGGACAAGCAUUGGCAUGAAGCCUGCUUCCUCUGCAAUAGGUGCAGAGUGUCUUUGGUGGACAAACAGUUUGGUAGCAAGGUGGACAAGAUCUAUUGCGGCAACUGCUACGACGCCCAAUUCGCCAGCCGUUGCGAUGGAUGUGGCGAGAUCUUCCGUGCUGGCACUAAGAAAAUGGAAUACAAGACCAGACAAUGGCACGAGAAGUGUUUCUGCUGCGUGGUCUGUAAGAAUCCGAUCGGCACAAAGAGCUUCAUCCCGCGCGAACAGGAGAUUUAUUGUGCCGGAUGUUACGAGGACAAAUUCGCCACCCGGUGUGUUAAGUGCAAUAAGAUUAUCAAUAGCGGCGGCGUGACAUAUAAGAACGAGCCGUGGCACAGAGAUUGCUUCACUUGCAGCAACUGCAACAACUCCCUGGCGGGACAGCGAUUCACAUCGCGCGAUGACAAGCCGUAUUGCGCCGAGUGCUUCGGCGAGCUCUUCGCCAAGAGAUGCACCGCUUGCUCCAAACCGAUUACUGGUAUCGGCGGCACUCGCUUCAUCUCAUUCGAGGAUAGGCACUGGCAUAAUGAUUGUUUCAUCUGCGCGGGCUGCAAAACGUCGUUGGUCGGACGUGGUUUUAUUACCGAUGGUGACGACAUUAUCUGUCCUGAAUGCGCCAAAAUGAAAUUGAUGUAAGACGCGGCUUUACGACGACGAGGAUGACAGAGAAAAAGCGAGGGGUGAGGAGGAACGGGGAGCGGGACUUCCGGAAUGCAGAAUCCAUACAGUCAAGCGGAUUCUGUCAUAAUAGAAGCCAUAAUGAGACCGUCGUCGCGAUUUUAUUAGUUGACAAUUCGGAUUCGGAAACGAAAGCAACACGCUAAAGAAUUUUACAAAGUCAUAUCAAGAAACGAGAUUGCGGGAAAACAUGAUAAAAAUUGACGAAUAAUAAAGAAAAACCUGCAUUACAGAGCCGCGAUAAUUUUUAUUGCAAACCGACAUACUUUGACGAAAAUUUUUCGCGCCGAUUUUUUUUCAGAGAAAGAUAAAGGUCGGGAAAUCCUCUGUCCAAGUCCUCGUCUUGGUCAGCAUAGUGAUUUUACAGAUUGAUCGAAAGAAAGACGGCGCGAGAGAACACGAGAAUCGUUUCUAGCUUCGUAGUUAUUAUAGCGACAUUAGUCUUCGUUAUUUCGUUCUACGUGUGUUUGUGAAAAGAACACUGAUAAGUGUGUCUUUCUAUAUUUGAGAUGAUUUGCUUCAUCAUCCCGUUGAAAUAUCGAAGAGUGAAAGAAAUAAGAAUCGGAAAGAAAGAGAAAUGCACACUCAACGAGCUCGAUAAAGAGAAAUCAAAUCGCCUUACUGUAAUAAAAUGAUUAUCGAUAUAAACGAUUAGGAUGAUAAAUAAGCCUAAUCGCACACGUGCUCUCGUGAUGUUACUAAUAUCAUUUUUGCUUUGUACAAUUGUAGAGAGAUAUGCGCAUGUGCGCGCAAAAAAGGAAUCUUAGCAUAUGUGUGUAUAUGUAUGUAUGUAUGUGUGUAUAAUUUACACACGCGCGAAAAACACGAUGGUUUAACACAUACAUACAUACAUACGCGCUACACAUUCACCUAAAUCUAUCCAAUUGAUAUCAUUUUCUUUCUCUCUCUUUUCCUCUUCUGUACAAAACUAUGCAUCUAUCAAAAUACGAGAAAAAUAACAUCCAAAUACUAUGGUAAAUCUCAUUAUUAAUUUAUGAACAAAACUCAUCGAAAUAAGUUUCUAAAAAAAUGACUAAUUUUCCCUGUAUUAAGUAACAUUUCGAAAGAAAUCUUAAUAUUUCGAAAUUUCAAUAAAAAAAUUAUUUGACGUUAUAAAAAUCGAUUCGAAUCUUUUUAUCAAGAAAUUUAUUAAUUUUACAUUCACAACUGUAUAAAUCCAUGCUGUUAAUCACGAUUAGCUACCAUAAGGAAUACAUUUCGUGUCAUCGCUCAACAAUGUUCUGGCUCUCUUCUCUUUUUUGUUUCCCCCUUCUUCAUCGAAAAAAACAGGCGCAUACCGUCGUGGAGAUUUAUUAUCAUCUCGUAUAAAUCACAUGCGCGCGCGCGCGCACACACACAUACAUAUACAUAAAUACAUACAUAUAUACAUACAUGCAGACAUACAUACAUACACACAUGCAACAUACAUAUCAUACGCAAAUUCGAAAUUUUUCACAACAUAUAUUAAUAACACAUAUAUUUAUAACAUAUAUUAUUUUCUUGAAAAAGAAAACCGCAAAAAAAACACACAGCACACAUACACACACGUACAAUACACAUGCAUACAUACAUGCGUACGAGUGUGCGACGAACACACUCGCGGAAACACUAAUUGUGGCCUUAUCCGCAUCGAGUACCAUAGAAGUAAAAAAAAAAAAAAGAAACUAACGUCUCACAAUAAUUUACUUCAUUACAGGAUACUUAAUAUCAAAUCUAUUGUUAUACAACGC